AUGAGCAAAGAAAAACCAAAUGCUGCGGCCAAAGGAAAGCCACGACUUCAAUUAAAAGGUCGAAUUUACAUGGCUAAUGUUACCGAAAUAAUAUCACUUCAAAGACCAGGAUCUUACAAAAUCCAAAUCUUCUGGAAAGGUGAUCCAGGUGUUGUCGACAACUUUUCCAUUCGCUAUACAAAUGAGGAUACUAUGCGCAAAUGGUACAAAGAUAUUGACACUCAGCGAGCUAUUCAAAACGAGGAAAGGGCCACCCGGUACACUGGCACCUCUGAAACAGAGUUCACCUACCUGAAGAUGGGACCCAAAAUUCAAAAUCCCUAUCAGGAGGAGUACGAAGCCGAGGAGGAGCUUUCUCGGGAAAAUACCAAUUUCUCAGACUUUUCAGUGUCUAGAAAUGCUUCAAGUACGAGUUUGCGGGCGCGGGCGCGGUCGGCUACAGGUGGUAGUAGCGGCUCUGGUCCAAUAUCGAGCCGACCUCAACGGUUUCCCAUGCCCGAACCACCUCUUUCGGUUUCGACCCAUUUCCCUAACGGGGCCAUAUCUCCCGGAGAUCGGAAUGGGAACUCCUAUUUCUCUCCAGUCACAGAGACUGGCUCUACACGUUCCAGCUCUCAGACCAUGUUUUCGUACUCACGCCAAGUCACACCAUCAACUCCUUGGAUGGAUGACUCUAACCGGUACACGGCUCCGGCAAUGCCAAGAGCAGCAUCGAGAGACGGCACAACCUCCAACCCAUACUUCAGCCACAAUAACCAAAGGGGCGCCCAGCGUCCCUCACUCCCACCCCUUUCUUCGUCCCAUCAUUCCCAACAUGGUGGAAUGUCUCAGUCCAGAAUGCGAUCUGCAAGCAGCCCUGACAUCCACCACCAUUCCAACGUACCCGACUCCCGCCGUCAUGUUAAUGGUCAUUGCAUGCAGGCGGUUGAUAAUGUCCCUGUUCCUCCUAUUCCCGCCCACAUGGCAAAUAUGAGAGCUCCCGUUAAUCGCAGCCAAACUAAUUCCCCAAUAAAUAACAAUCUUCCUAUCCGGUCCGCCACACAAUCACCAGGCGUUCAGCAACGUCAUGGGCACCCACAGGUCCCAUUCGCCGACGCACAGUUAUAUAAUCGGAUUGAUACUCGUUCACAGCCACCAGCCACAUCGAACCUCAUACAGCCCCCUCUAUCCUCUCCGAUGAGCCAAGACGGCGAGCAAGAACUCUACAUGCCUAGCCAAUUAAAAGCCAAAGUUAACUUCGAUGACAACUACGUUACAUUGGUCAUUGCAAGCAACAUUCUGUUCCGAUCUCUAACCGAUCGUGUCGACGCAAAACUUGCUCGCUUCACGGACCGGUCUAUUGGGAACAAAUCUGUGAGACUGCGGUAUCGAGAUGAGGAUGGAGACUUUGUCACAAUUGAUAGCGAUGAAGCUGUUCAACUUGCCUUUAUGGAGUGGCGCGACCAGCACCAGAACAUGUUGGCCAAUGGGCAGGUUGGGGAAAUUCAACUAUUUUGCCAAGCCGUGGAAAAUUGA